UAUAAAAGCCUCGCGGCGGCCUAGCUUCGCCUCAUAUCGUACACGCGCAAAAGUGUCGACACGGACGACGGUGGACCGGAAUUUUCAACGCGUGCGACUCGAUUCGACUCGACUCGACACGACACGACACACACGCCAUGGCUAUGAAACAAGGCUUGCUGUACCUCGGCCUCUACAUCGUCUGCUUGCAGACGAUCCUCGUGAACGCCGUGGUGGAUGACGAAGCGAACCUAGACACGGACAUGAUGAUGGGUCUGUUGCCGGAUCAACUUCAGACAAGGGCGCAGGAAAUUAUACCGAAAUGCACCCCGACAGCUAUGGUUCAUUGUCUAAGAUCAUCAUUCCCCGAACGAUCAUUUGUCUACGAGCAACAACAACAGAGGAAUUAACAACAGGCUGCAAGAUGGUUACGUGAAAAUUCAAUUCCGACUGACAAAUGAAAAGAAAAGAGAAGAAGAGAGGAAAAGAAAGGAGAAAAAAAAAAGGAGAAG